UAAAUACAUGCACCACCACAGCUCUGCUAUCUCCAGGCACUGGUGCACUCACCAAAUCAACAAGCUAGCUAACUAAGCUUACCACACUCACAUACUCCUAUAUAUUUUGGCACGCAUUGAUUACCUGCUAGCUCCUUGAGCAAUAUCAAUAUGGCUCAGCCGACUUGGUCAGCAAGGCGCGUCACUGCCGCCCUGGUCGUGAUGGUGGUGGUGGUGCUCGCGGUCGCCGGCGGGUCGUGGGCGCAGCUGUCGCCGAGCUUCUACUCGUACUCGUGCCCGGGAGUGUUCAACGCGGUGAAGCGGGGGAUGCAGUCGGCCAUCGCCAGGGAGAAGCGCAUCGGCGCCUCCAUCGUCCGCCUCUUCUUCCACGACUGCUUCGUCCAAGGUUGCGACGCAUCGCUGCUGCUGGACGACACGGCGAGCUUCACCGGCGAGAAGACGGCGAACCCCAACAACGGCUCCGUCAGAGGGUUUGAGGUGAUCGACGCCAUCAAGUCGGCGGUGGAGACCAUCUGCCCCGGCGUCGUCUCCUGCGCCGACAUCCUCGCCAUCGCUGCCAGGGACAGCGUCGCCAUCCUGGGUGGGCCGAGCUGGGACGUGAAGGUUGGUCGGAGAGACUCGCGCACGGCGAGCCUCAGCGGCGCAAACAACAACAUCCCGCCGCCGACGUCGGGACUCGCCAACCUCACCUCCCUCUUCGCCGCGCAGGCCCUCUCCCAGAAGGACAUGGUCGCCCUCUCCGGAUCUCACACCAUUGGGCAAGCACGAUGCACAAACUUCAGAGCUCAUAUAUACAACGAAACCAACAUCGACAGUGGCUUUGCGAUGAGGAGGCAAUCAGGUUGCCCUCGUAACUCAGGAUCAGGUGACAAUAACCUGGCACCUCUGGAUCUUCAGACGCCAACCGUGUUCGAGAACAACUACUACAAGAACCUCGUCGUCAAGAAGGGGCUCCUGCAUUCUGAUCAGGAGCUCUUCAAUGGCGGAGCCACUGAUGCUCUUGUUCAGUCUUACAUAAGUAGCCAGAGCACAUUCUUUGCGGAUUUUGUGACGGGCAUGAUCAAGAUGGGGGACAUCACACCGUUGACGGGAUCAAACGGGGAGAUCAGGAAGAACUGCAGAAGGAUUAAUUAAGAAAUGAUUAAGAGGCAAGCUGUGUUCAUGUCCAGUAGUGCAAACGCACAUUGUGUCGUGUUUCUUGCGGAUAUGUUUGCAACAUCUCCCUUAAUUUCUUUCAUGUGUUUAUGUAUCAUUAUGUUCGUUUGAAAUAAUGAAAGUACUAUGUGAUUUGUUUUAAUGUAACAUAUGCUUAGUUUAUGUGGUGGUAAA